AUUUAUUUUUGAGACAGAGACACAGCAUGAGCAGGGAAGGGGCAGAGAGAGAGGGAGACAUAGAAUGUGAAGCAGGCUCCAGGCUCUGAGCUGUCAGCACAGAGCCCGACGCAGGGCUCGAACUCACAACCUGUGAGAUCAUGACCCGAGCCGAAGUCGGAUGCUUAACCGACUGAGUCACCCAGGUGCCCCUAUUUAUGCCUAUUUGAAUUUGUUACCAUGAACAUGGAUUACUUUUAUAAAUUAAAGGAAAUUAGAAUUGCAAAACACUAGAAGUAGAUUUAAAUAUAAUUUUAUUGUACAAAUAGAAGUCUGUAUGUUUUCCUCUUAUAAAACAAAUCUGUUCCAGGUGCCUGGCUGGCUCAGUCAGUAGAGUAUGCAACUCUUGAUCUUGGGGUCGUGAAUUUGAGCCCCACAUUGGGUGUAGAGCCUACUUAAAAAAAAAAACUGUUUCAUCAACAUUGAGAAUCUCUUUCAUAAAUAACUUUUCUCUCCAAUUACUAUUUUUAUUUAUUCAGGAAACCUGGCUCAGUCAAGUUGCCCCUCAAGUCUAAUACUCAAAAUCUUUCAAAAAUACUAAAGCAGCUUCUCUUAACUUGAAAUAUAAAACUUGAUAUUACUUUUGGUUAAUAGUGAUUAUUAAGAGAAUAUUUAUAGAGUUUGGGGUCUCUUAUGGAAGCAUUAAAUAUGUUUUUACUCCUAUGUUGUUACUCCCUUCAGAUAUUAACUAGAAGUGCUAUGUAUUAAGAAAAUCUCAUUAGCCACUGGGAGAGACAGAAUACCAUUUGUGAAGUUACUGUUUCCUUUCUGUCCUGUUUUAUCCCAUAGGUCUGAUCUAGGCCAGAGUGACCCUGUUCAGGAUCACUUGCUAUUUAAGAAGACUCUCUUGCCAGUCUGGAAGAUGAUUGCCAGUCACAGGUUCAGCAGUCCUUUUCUGAAGCCUGUAUCAGAAAGGCAGGCCCCGGGAUACAAGGAUGUGGUGAAAAGACCCAUGGACUUAACUAGCCUGAAAAGGAAUCUGUCUAAGGGACGGAUUCGUACCAUGGCUCAGUUCCAGAGAGACCUGAUGCUGAUGUUCCAAAAUGCUGUGAUGUACAAUGACUCUGAUCAUCAUGUGUACCAUAUGGCUGUGGAGAUGCAACGAGAAGUCUUGGAGCAGAUUCAGGUGCUGAGUGUUUGGUUAGACAAAAGAAGAGACUUAAAUAGUAUGGAAUGAGAACCAGCCAAGCCUGUGGAUGUUGGAAAACCUCUUUUGUUAACCAGGAACUGCUAUCCUGACCUUUUCUGGAUUUGGGACCUCUUAUUGAUAGUUACAGAAGAUCCCAGUACUUGUUUACCAGUUCUCUGUUGUCUUUUCUAAUAAGAAAAAUGCCUUAAUUCACAACCAAGGAGUCAAAGGUGCCUGUGGACAUAACGUAAAACAGGGAAAGCUGAGAUUUGGGGCUAAGCCAUAAAUGUUGCCGACAGCUUUGUUCCAUAGGCUUGAUUUAGAUGUAACUAAAUUAAACGUCUUAUAACUGCUCUGUAAAUAAAUGUUAUUUCACAAGUUAUAGAUUGCUUUUUAAUGAUUACAGAAUCUUGUAUUAAAGGACAGUAUCUGGUGGAA